CAUUUCCCUGUCAAUGCACGAAGAGGUUUGGAACUUGGAGUACCUUCCAAGCACGAGAUCCAGUAAAGAGGAAAUCAGCUCAUGUUCCUCGUGAGGAUCUGCAUAUUCAUAUAUGUUGUGGCCAGAAUACUUACAAGCCCCACGGUUGCAUUAAACGACGCCAGGAAGCUUUCAACGUUUCACAACUACACCGUCGUGGAUACAAUAUUGCAAUAUAUCCAAUAUAUCAAGGAUUUUGGCCAAAAGAAGAGUCCUGCUGCCGUCAGCGAAUGUCAGCUCUCCCCCGAAAACGACGUCGGCGCCUUCAUCCGUGACCGUUGGUUUGCCAGUAUUCUACGAAUUGAAGUUUGCCGGAAACACUGCAGUCAUUCCCCGUACCUCCAGCGUCCUUGAACGUCUUACCAUCAACUCACGCACAUGCAAUUUCUCAGCUCAGAGGCCAAGAAGAUACUAUUAUCGACGUAUUUUGUCAUAUUUCAUAUUGAGUUGAUAAAGCUGCACUUGCUGUAAUCAAUUCGCAACUUAUUCCAGACCCCAAUCCAAUCCAGACCGAAUUCUAUCGAGGUGGGUCGGAUAUUGUCCUUCGGCCUUCGGCACCCAUUUUCAUGCCUUCAUCAAUUGGUUCAACAAAGAUGUUUCAUACUUUUCAAGGACUGGCGCCACCCCGCGAAACUUUAAGCAGCACGGAACAAUCAAUAAUUGUAGAUACCCCCAAACCGGCGACGAAUGGAGUAACCAAACGAAUUACAACUCCACACGCAUGUGCAGAAUGUAAACGUCGUAAAAUUCGAUGCGACGGCCGACAGCCUUGUGGGCAAUGUGUUGGAUGUCGUUCUCCUAAACCAUGUUAUUACGAUAAACAUAGACAGAGGGUAAUUCCAUCUCGAAAAACCCUUGAUGCUCUCUCUCAAUCCCUAAACGAAUGUCGUACCGUUUUACGACGACUUUUUCCUGAUCAAGAAGUGCAACAAUUGUUGCCGUUGUCGCGAAAUGAACUCGUUGCCCUCAUCGAUCGGUCCCCGCGAAGUGCGCUCUCGAAUACAUCCCCCUCUGCUUCAAAUACCUCUCCAACAUCACAGGAAUAUAGGUCGCCCUUGAACUCUGGGUCGGACGAAGAUAGAAGUCUUGCAAAUCUUGAACAGAUACCAAAUCAAGAUAUUGAAUGGGACGAAGAAAGAAGAAAUAGAGAUCCAAUACCCACAGAGGCGGAUGAUGUCAAUGCUUUGUCUCUCUCAGUUGAUAGACAGUCGUCGUACUUAGGUGCGACUUCAAUUAAAGCCGCACUUUUGGUUAUGCUCAAGGUAGCACCGAGACUACGAUCUCUCUUCUUGGCACCUUCUAACAACAAGCAAAUCUCAGCAAGUAGCAACUAUCCCACACCACGACCAGGAAGUUCUGCCAAAAAUUUACAAGCGAUCUCAUGGUCAUCUAACGGCCAGACUCUUAUUGAUGCAUACUUCAACAGAGUACAAAUAUUCGUACCAAUGCUUGAUGAACCCACGUUUAGAGCUGACUUUUUGAGUGGGCGACGUCAAGAUGCGCCAUGGCUUGGUCUAUUAAACAUGGUAUUUGCAAUGGGAAGUAUUGUCGCAAGCAAAUCAGACGAUCAUAACCAUAUCAAUUACUACAACCAAGCGAAAGACCACCUAGGAAUUGAUUCUUUUGGUAGCGGGCAUUUGGAAACAUUACAAGCUCUGUCAUUGAUGGGAGGUUUUUAUCUUCACUACAUCAAUCGUCCAAAUACUGCCAAUGCUAUCUGUGGAGCUGCUUUGAGAAUGGCUUGUGCAAUGGGGUUACAUCGUGAAAGUAUGCAUGAGAAUAGCGUCGAGAGCAACCUGAUUGCAGAACAGAGAAGAAGAACGUGGUGGAGUUUAUUCUGUCUUGAUACAUGGGCGUCUACGACAUUAGGAAGACCUUCUAUGGGUCGCUGGGGCUCUGCGAUUACCAUGCAGUCUCCCGAAUCAUCAAUGAGUACUAAUCAAGAUAUGAAUAUUACUCCCCUAAUAGAGAAUAUCAAAUUUUGUAAAGUUGCCACACAAAUUCAGGACGCUCUUGCCCAAACCCCACUUCUCCGAGCUGACGACCUAGCAAAUCUCGACAGACAGCUCGUAGAAUGGUAUGAUAAUCUUCCUUGGAUCUUACGCUCUACGGAACCUUGUCCAGAAUCAAUUCAUACUGCUCGAAGCGUCAUGAAAUGGAGAUACCAGAAUCUUCGCAUGGUACUUUACAGACCUGUUCUUCUGAAUCUUGCCAAUAGAGGAAAUCAAGGAAUAUCACCCACCAAGGAAGAACUUGCAGCCGUGCGAACAUGUCGUACAAUUGCCCAAGAAACCAUAGAAGAUAUAGCACGUGAAUGGACUCCGAACCAAAUGUUGGGAUGGAAUGGUGUGUGGUUCAUGUAUCAAGCAUCCAUGAUUCCACUUGUCAGUAUAUUCUGGGAAUCAUGGAACACGAAUCUUGUUCGGAUUUGGCAAUCCCAGAUUGAAGUUGUGCUCGAAGCGUUUGAUGGUAUGGCGGAUUGGUCCUUGGCUGCUAGACGAAGUAGGGAAGUGGUGAGCAAGGUCUAUGAAGUCAGUAAGCGACCUCUGACUAGACAACCGAGUCCGGGGUUGAGCCACAUGACAGAUGAUAUGCAUCGAAUGGGGGGAAUAGAUGGGAGACAUUAUAUGGAUAGUGAUAUGUUGCAGCAGGUUGAGAUUAUGGGAGAAGAACAAUUAAUGAUGCUUGAUAACGGAGGAAUAUGGGAUCUGGACGGCAUGUUAUGGGGAAAUUUGCCGGAUGGAUUGGAUAUGCCCUAUGAUGGUUUGCCAAUGCAGUAUGAUGAUUCAGGCAUGGCACAAUUCGAAGGGCCUUAUAUCAUUCAUCAAUGAUUGAUAGGCUUGUGAUUGAAGUAGGACAUUCUACCGUCUACACAAGAGCUGGUCUCAUCAUCAUGGGAGGUCAUUUGGGCAUUUUAUCUAGGGUAGCGAGAAAACUUGAUAAGUUAUGAUUAGCUGCGGAUGGAAGUUGCAUCUUUGUUUGCGUAUGGGCUAUGAAGUUACGCUUUUUUAUAUGAUAUGAUACCACUAUAGCAAUAUAUUAUUUGACAACA